GUCGAUUUUGCUCUUGAGAUUGGCUCCCUUUGUGGUGGGAGCACAUCUCGAACGGAAAGAUGGUCCAGAGUUCUCGGUUUCGUCGGCGGAGCCUCCUCCUACUCACUAUCGCGAUUCUCCUUUUCCUCACCCUCCGCCGGAGCUACGUUCCAGAGAAUCUGGGCCUGGCGAGCCGACCGUCGACCGCGGAUCACGGGAAGUUCUGGGUCAAAUUUCACGAUAUCCUUAAAGCCACUGCUCCAGCAUGCAACUCCCCGAAAAGACUCGAGGAGCAUCCGGCGGCAAUCGGCUUCAAGCCUGACCUAGUGGACAAUGUCACCUUGCCAGAGCACAUUGUGGUGGAGCAGGGGGAUAGGGAUAAGCUGAAAAAGGCACAUUCACGGUUUAUGGAGCUACUGUCGGCGCCGGGUGCCCCGAGACUCGCGUAUAAACCGCGGACGAGAGGCAUUGUUUCGACUGCUGGUGGUUCCUUUCUGCCUGUCGUUGUGACCUCCUUGCACAUGCUACGCCAAACGGGAGCCAACCUACCCGUCGAGAUUUUCAUCGCAGACCCGAGUGAGCAUGAUAAAUAUAUUUGCGAUACGCUUUUUCCGGCCCUCAAUGCCCGGUGUAUCACUCUUUCCAAGAUCCUCGACCACUCCCCCCUUGUGGAAGGCCUUAAAAAGUACCAAUUUAAGAUUUUUGCGUUGCUAUUCUCAUCGUUCGAAGAAGUACUGUUCCUCGACGCUGAUGCGUUCCCAAUGCAUGAUCCCUCCCGCCUCUUUGCCUCCGAACCCUUCGCCUCUCACGGCUUGGUGACGUGGCCAGAUUUCUGGCAGGUUACCUAUCACCCGUCCUUCUUCGAAAUUACAUCCCAACCGCUUCCCAAAGGGUUCGAACACGCCUCCACCGAAUCAGGCCAGGUCCUGGUAUCUAAAAAGUCACAUUCCAAGAUGCUCCUGCUCUCCGCUUACUACAAUUUCUACGGACCUUCGCACUACUACCCCUUGUUAUCUCAAGGACACCCUGGCGAAGGUGAUAAAGAGACGUUCAUAGCUCCCGCGAGGAUUUUGAACCUUCCGUUUUAUGCUGUCUCGACGGGCCCUGGUGUGUUUGGAUAUAGAAAGCCCGACGGCGGUUGGGAAGGCGGCGUCAUUAUGCAAGCAGACCCAGUGUGGGAUUCUAGACUCAAAAAAGGAGAGGUUUAUGGAUGGGGAGGAAAACCGAACGCGCCACCGGGGACGUUCAUCACAUGUCACGCCAAUCUGCCAAAAUUGGAGCCAGUUCGGGUCUUUGGCGAAGGGGGUCUGGCGUGGACCCAGGACAACAAGCCGAAACGGAUGUGGGGUGCUGCAGAAGAAAUGAUAGAUCGGAUAGGCCAUGAUGUCGAAAAGGAUCUUUGGCGAGCACUAAAAUCGACCGCGUGCGAUUUGGAAGGAAAGUACAAACCUUGGAACGAGCAGCCAAAACUGUGUGAAAAGAUCAAGAAAUUUAUUGUUGAUAUGGAUGGAAAAUAAUGAGCGAUACCUGGACUCUUCUUUAUACCAGGGACUUGACCGCCAUCCAUUAAACAACAAUGCCGACCCGAGAGGAUUCUCAAUGGAUACGCGUCUCAGAUCCAGCAAUAUGAGCCGGCCUCCUGCUAUUCGACGCGUCAUGUCGGGCAUUUUGCAACCAGGUUGCGUGCUUUGGUGCACUUUGGUAGUAUGACCAUUUUUUCCACCACGAAGAGCCUUAUGAUUGUUAUUUUUCUCUUUUUUCUCGGUUUCGCGGCUCAUUAUGUCGGUAGCUCCUCUCGAAUAUUCUUGAAUAGCUCCAUGGGCCUCUUGAUUCUAAUGAUACCACAUGUUUGAUCUUCCCUUACUUUUUAACAUUUGUGAAUUUGUUGCAUAUAUAUGUGCUAUUAUUCCUAUUUCUCAUUCUUUAUUUUGUACUUACUAAAUAGCUUAAAAUCAUUCGACUGCUCUUCUGGGAUAUGCAUCUACGAUG